AAGUUCAAGGUUUACAAAACAGUUCCUUUUUUAACACCAUAUGACACCAAGACAACACUGACAUGGGAGACAUGCUUUGGAGGCACACGAACAAAAAAAAACAAAACGUCACAACAAUUUGUCAGGAGGGAGGCCUCACUAAAACGCACAUUUUUGUUGUCAUACUAAUGUGGUUUAAUCUCAUGCUGAAGCAAAAGAUGAAUGUACAUUUUUUAAACAAAACUUCUGAAGUACUAAAUUAAAUCAGCGUUGUGUUUGUUUGUUUGUUAUAUCACUCAGCCUGGGACAGCACACAGCUCUGUGUCGGAGGAACCAGGCUAAAGGCUAAAGAAGCUCAGAGGCUGUAAUCCCCGGAUGAAACCAUCAUGGCUGCCACUCGCUGAGCUGUCAAGCUCUCUACAAAAGAAAAGAAAGUUGAUUCCCAUGGAUGAAAAGGAUAUUUCUGUAGCUACCUCCGUAAGGGGUACAAAACAGCAUUUCAACAAGAAGGGUAGAAACUGGCGCAAAAGACUCCACCUCAGGAAGGCUGCCGUUAAGCCCCCAACUAUGCAAAGUAAAGAUAAGUGUGGACCAAAGAAGAUAGCAGAAGAAUGGGAGCAAAGCAAAGUUUGGCCUUCAACAAAGAAGACAUCUGAGGAAGAAAGUCAGCGUGUGACAAAUCACCAUGAGAAUAUGCUUCGAUUCAAAUGCUGUCAAUGCAUUGACAAUGUGGAAUAUUCCCCCAAGGACUUGAUGAAACACUUUGAAGAUAAACACAUAGAAAGCCCACCUGUUUUUUCUUGUCAUAUGUGUACUUUUUGUACACAUGACUUUUCCUACCUACAGAUUCAUCUGUUGAGCCACAAAGACACUUUUUCUAGUUGCAGCUUUUGUAAUGAUAGAGUUCAACGCACAUGGUCUGAAUUCAGUGCACAUUUGACCAUGUGUCACUUCAAAAAUGGCAAGUAUUCGUGUGAAACAUGUCAUGGAUUUUCCACAGGUGAUGUUAGAGUAUUUUUAGAACACUUGUGUUUACAUAAUUUAGGGCUUAGUGAAGUAAACGAUAAUUUUUUAUUUCACACAAUGGAGAAGAACAUGUCUGGCAAUAAAUCAACCACGUUAUGCUGUCAACACUGUGGCUUUCAGGCAUCUCACAAAUGGUUGCUUACUAAGCACAUUAAAACUACCCAUGCUUGCCAGAAUGGCGAUAGAAGGCAAAAGAAAAAGGAGAUUAACUCUGCAAUGGAACCAAAUGAACUGAUCCCAAAAAUGAAUCCCAGAUUAACAAGAAGUGCGGUUAGGGAAAUGUGCUGGUUGACCCAGGACUGUCUGUCUCUACCUGGCAGAGAAUUCCUGGAUAAAUACUGCCCUCUGGCAGAUCCACAAACAACACUAGAGGAGACAAAGCAGUUUUUGAUGAAAUCCGUUACUGUGGAAGCUGGAGACAAAAAAUGGACCAAGGCUCUCAAAACUGUCUUGUCCAAUGUUCCUCAAGAUAUGACUCUUCACCCUAAAUCAGAGAAUUGCAUCAUGUCGAUCUCACCUGAUCUUACUGUGCUUACAGUCAAAAACAAGAUAACUGUGUCACAGAAUGGUGCCACAUAUGCCAAAAGGUUAAAAAAAAUGGCGACAUCGGAUAAAGAAUCUGUCGUCCCCGAAAGUGCUUUUGAUAAUAGGUUGAUAGUUGACCAAAAUGGGUGUCAGUCAACUGUGAAUGAUAAUUUACUUUAUCCACAGCAUGAAACCAAACUCCACAAUGAUGUCUUAGUUUCAGCCCAGAGUGAGACAACUGAGUCUACUCAAAUGGAGGAAAACGAAAUCCCUCCGCUGCAAGAUGUAGAGAGUGAUAUGGAAAUCAAGGAAGACAAGGAUCAUAUGCCUGACAACAUUGUUGAUAUCUCCCCUGAGUUAAAUUUGACAAAUGAAUGCAAAGAGCAGAUGUCCAUUCAAAAAGACCAUUUGUUGAUGGGUGAAAAUCAAUUUUGUACAAGAAAUACCACAUCUACAAGGGUGGACAGGAAAUCCACAGGGAUUCCCCUAAGAAUUGUGUUGAAGAAAAAUCCUGUGAAGGAGAAGCAAUGGGUGUCAGAAAGUGUUUUGUCUCCCACCGUAGCAGACUCCAUGGCACAGAUUCUGGAAAAUACACAGACCUCAAAGGUUCACCAGCCGAAAUUGACCAAAACCUCUAAUACUGAUCUUGAUGAGGCCAUCACUUCGAUGUCACAGCAGGCUGGGUCAGAAAACAUAGACGGCUGUGAACCCGAUGCACGUGAAGGCCUGCUGUCUGAAAAUGAAAAUAGGAGCGAUGCCUCUGGGAAAGUUGUACAGUUUUAUGAAAUGGGAGAUCACAAAAGAAUAUCUGCUGCUAAGACGACAGAGACAAAUAUAACAACUGUAGCAGGAGCUGAAGAAAAGAUGAGCCCCAACAACGUACGGCUAGUCCAAACAUCAGACACUGGUACUGUUUGUCAUAAGUCGAAUGAUAAAAGGACUUCAGCAGCUGAGACACUGGCUCGUCAAAGCGGCUUCUCUGAAUCCUGCCUUGGUUCCCAACCUGUUAUUACACCACAGGGUGAGGUAACGCAACUUGAAUCAAGCCCUGCUGUUUCAUCAGAACACAGUAACCACAAAGUUGAGUUGGUCAGUGACAGAGAAGGGCCUGUGGAAUCCUGCUCAAAAAUACAGGGCUGUAUUUUUUUGCCAGAGGGGGAAGCCAUCCAACCAGAACCAUCACUGACAUUUCGGCACCAGGUUCAAAAAAACCAGGAGAGGACCUUGAGCGAUGCAGUCACUCACAUUGUAUCAGAGGACACCCAGUCCUCAUCACUGUGGACGUGGCUGAAGACCUGCCACCUGAAGACUUUGACCUCUGUGCAAGUGUUGAACAUGAGCUGGUUCACUGAGAGCAUGAGAGAAGGCAGACCUGUUGCUGUAGAAACCAGACAUCAAAUUCAGGACAUCAAGCCAGCAGAUGGUUGUAAACCCAGGACUGUGGCCACAGUUUCUCAGUACGCCUGCCAGAGACGGACAACUACCCAGAACCACAACACCAUUUUCACAGAUGCCAUGGAAGUCUUAGCGGAGAAUUAUGAAUUCAACAUGAUUGAGGGUUCAUGCCUGGCCUUUAGAAAGGCUGCAUCAGUCCUGAAGAGUCUGCCCUACAUGGUGCGACGUCUGGAGGACAUCCAAGAUCUGCCCUGCUUUGGUCAACACACUAAAUCAGUCGCAGAGGAGAUCAUUAAAUAUGGCCAUUCAUUCCAAGCUGGCUGGUUACACUCUGAUGAGAGGUAUCAAACACUGAAGCUGUUCACAAGUGUUUUCGGGGUUGGACCUAAGACGGCUGAGAAGUGGUACCGCAGUGGGCUGCGCUCACUCAACGACAUCCUCACGGAGCCGAGCAUUCAGCUAAACCGGAUGCAGCAAACUGGUUUUCUGCAUUAUGAAGACAUCUCCAGGGCUGUCAGUAAAGCCGAGGCCCAAGCUCUGGAGAACAUUAUUGACAAAGCUGUCCAUGAGAUCACCACCGACGCCAUACUGACCCUGACAGGUGGCUUUCGAAGGGGGAAAGAGUUUGGUCACGACGUAGAUUUCAUUGUGACGUCACCAGAGCUGGGGAGAGAGAGGAGUCUGCUACCUGACAUCAUCGAACAGUUGGAACAGGAAGGCAUUUUGCUUUUCUGCGACAACCAUCCCUCCACACUGGACGAGUCCAAGCUCCCCUGCUACAGAUUUGAAGCUAUGGAUAAUUAUGCCAAGUGCUUCCUGGUCCUCAAACUGAGAGAGAGCGAAGUGAAGGGAGGUUUUAACGAAACCAAGAAGGACGGCAGGGGAUGGAGGGCAGUGCGCGUGGACCUGGUGUCACCUCCCAUGGAUCGUUAUGCCUACGCUCUGCUGGGCUGGACCGGCUCCAGGCAGUUUGAACGAGACCUGAGGAGGUUUGCACGAAUGGAACGUCACAUGAUUUUGGACAACCACACCCUGUACGACAAAACCAAGUACGUUGAACAAUUCGGGGCCCUCGACGCUCGGUCUGCAGGCUGCACGGUGACAGCUGGAGGUAAUUCACUUUACUUUAUUUUGCUCUGUGUUAACGGCUCACGGGGCGAUAACGGCGGUGCGCGGGCUUUAAUCAUAUUCCUUUCUCUUCAAGAGAGAUAUUGCUUUUCCCCACUGUUAUUACACAGUUAGUGAACGGGUAGGUGGGUACGUGUACGUGUGUGUGACUUGGUGAAAGAAAGGGAAUCGGGUAAUGGUGGAUGGUUGUGCGCCGCAGGUUGCCGUCACGUGUGGCUCCAGGACACGUCUCAUCAAUCCACUACCUGGGUCUGGGUCUGUACGCUAGGGGAGAUUAAAAUGAUCAAUGGUGUCUCUCCCGUGCCGAUACCCACGGUAGUUCAUUAUUAGACUGGGAAUUUGGCAAGCGGUCCGACCCUGAGAACCUAACCACACAAGACAGCAGGAGAGAGAGUUCUUCCGUCAGGUCUAAGGCAAUAAUCUAAUAGGGACACUUAUUUCUGUUUCUCCUUCCUGUCUGGCUCCUCGCUUCCUCUCCUCUCUGCGAGCUCUGAAACAAAAGCCUUCGCCUGGGGGCCCUGCUGCUGCUGCUGCUGCUCACUGUCGCCACUGUGGCAUAUAAAUAACAGUCGCACAACAACAAAACAAGUGUAACACACACCAUCUGGCUCUCCACUGGUGUCUGCCUCAGUCUAGAGAUGGACAAGUGUGCUGAGGAGAAUGAUAUCUAAUGACGGAGGAGGCGACACCGACGCCUCACUGCAGCCACACGUUGUCAUAUCUGUUCUUUAAAUUUAAUUUCAUGUGUGGGACGUCUGAAGACUUCUAGUGGCCUGAUUGGAAAUCAAGUUUCUACUAAAACAUAAACCAUAAAGAAAUAUGCUUUGUGAAGUGGAGUGAGCUUUGGGCAGGACACGGUUGUAAACUUCACUGCAGUUUUUGGAGAAACUCUACACUUUAGGUACUUUAUUCUUGUUGUUUUGGGGAAUUUUUAAAAAAAAAAUUGAGCCUGUGGAAGCGGUGGGAGAACAUCGUCCUCUAUGUUUGUUCUCUAAUUUGAUUCCUUGAUAUCGGCCAGAUGGUUUUUCAUCACUUCCAUGAACCACAAUUGAUUCCUUGAGCAGAACAUGUGCCGUUACUAAGAAUUACUCAUCCGUCGAUGGGCGUUGGAGAGAAGGAUAUUAAUCAAUGUAACCUUUGCCACUAACCACCUUGUUAUUCUUUCAAAGAUAAACAGACUCGGAGCCGGGUUUCGUUAGAGGCUCAUUAUUAAGAGCGGUGCAGACAAUGUAUGCAGCUAUUGAUCCUGUGAAGGCUAGAAGACUAAAAAGUCAAUGCCCACAGCCAAUGAAAAAAAGGUAUUUUUAGAUGACUGCAUCCUUUAAAGGCUACAGUUUUUUUUAAAGUCAGUCUUUUCGUCUAGACCCGUCGUCUGUGUGUGAGCUGCAGCUCCAGGAAACUAUGAACAUGAUGUAGUGUACACUCCAUGGUUCAGUCUACAUUUGGUCAUUGUUCAGUGGUAGAGAUUUAGAUGCGUUUACAAGUGUUCUUUAAUCUCAUCCUUCAUUUUCACAUGUGUUUUUGGGCUAAAAGUUAUCAAAUAUAUUCUCUCCUGUUUGGUUAAAAAUGCUCUAAAUCAUAGGAAUAUUAAUGAUGAAAAUAAAAUAAACUGGAAGUUUAAUUUUGUCCAUGACCUACUGUACAUUAGAUGAUGUAAGAACUGAAUAUUUAUAAGAUGAUCACCGGCCCCUUUUGUUUUCCAUCUUCAUCCUGAACCAAAAACUGAUGAGAAAGAAGAAAGCAUUGCCUGUGAAUUCCCUCAAGUCCAAAAUCAAAGGAUUCUCCCGUCUCCUGGAGGAAUGCACCUUUAUUCUUUCUUUCUUCUGACAAGUUCUUUUUCCCCCCAAAACAUUAACAUCAAUCACAUGAAUUGACAAAAAGUCAGUUAGCAAAAAGAAGUUAAUCCAAUCCAUAUAUCCUUUUAUAUAGGCACAACAAAUGUCCUGUUUUUUUUUUCGUUUGUUUUUUCCAAAUGAUUCCACAACACAACCUUAUUUACUCUGUUUAUUCUAAUGUCUAUCAGAAAUCUUUUCUGCCUCAUUUCUGUUUUCCUGACUCCUUACUUCGCUGUCCCUGCCGCUCUAACGUUGCCCUUAAAUCCCCCUCCGUUGCAGAACUAAUAAAGGCUUUCUUCUUAUUAAUAUGUAGUCAAAGUGUGUGUUACACUCUAUAUUGGUCGCCUAUGUCUUCUCGGCUCAGCUGCGUGUGUGAGGAUCCUGAGGCGGAACUUUUUGAAAAAGACCGUGCCUGCUCAGCAAACUCUCUGAAGGUAAUAAAGAAGAUUUCUCAAGGGAAAUGGCUGAAAUUAGCUCAUCACCGUAGUAAAAGAAGGGGCUCACGUUAUUAAGUGUACCUCCACUUUCUGCCUAAUGUAGUGUGGGAGAGACUCAUGCAUAUGCAGAGGAACUAUACAUUUAUAACAGUGACUUCAGCACUUCUUGUAUACUUCUCCUCGUGUAUGAAGUAAGUAUUCAGAGCACCGUCAUGGGUACAAAUUGGAAAUAAGUAGUACCUU